AUGCUGGACAGAGUAUCAGUGCCGCUCCUCGAUGGCGGCGAGUACGAGUGGCACUUCCUUCGACCGGCAGCAUGCCUUUGCACCCUUUGGCAGGGCAAUGAGGAGUUCGGGGACUUUUUGGCCUUGCACACCGCGUGCGAGACUCCGGAUGGAUGUUUCCUCGGGGCAUUUCCGCAAAAGCUGCUUUCCAAUGUGGCCGGCGGGUACAGUGCACUCUUCGCGAAGAUGCUGCGUGAGUUCUUUGAGAAGUCUUUUCUGAAUUUCCCAACGGGGGCAAGCGGGACGAAGCCCUGCCCGUUUUGUUCGAAUGUGAUCGGACACAUGGCUGCCUCGAAGCUGGAAGAUGACGAAGAGUUGGUGCACUAUACGCGCCGCUUCCCAAAUCGCUUCCGUCCUCACACCUCUCAAAGUUUCCAGCUGAUGAGAAACAGGCUUGAGGCUGUCAGAGAUCGGAAGAAGGAUUUGAAGGACAGAGGUCAGCUGUACGGGCUGACCUCUGAUGGGAAGGGUGUGCCUUGGCACCCAACUCUUCGAUCCAUCGUGGACCCGAUUCAGAACACGAUGAUGGAAUUGCUGCAGCACAAUAUGGAUCUCAAGGAUAUUGAUGCUUUCGCAGCCGUUGUGAUCUUGCCGAAGUCGAGGCCGAAGCUCCCCGCGAAUUUCUUCCAGGAGAGGGUGUGCAAGGAAGAAGGGUCGCACAUGAGGUGCUUCGCUUCAGAGGUGCUGCAGUUGACAAUGGUCUUGAAGCUUCUGGUGGAGACCCGCCUGCAGCGAGGAGGCACUUGCCCCGCUCACUGCGAAGCUGUCAUGGUCCUCUCGGAGAUCUUCGACAUCUUGACCGAGCAGGCCAUCGCCCGGUACAACACGUUGGUGUGGACGCUGUACGAGUUUUGCAAGCGGCCAAAGUUUCAUUGUCAUUAUCAUUUGCCAGAUGGUAUUGCACAGCACAAAUGCUGCCUGUCGUGCUUUGCCGCAGAGCGGAAGCACCGAGUCGUGAAGACGCUGGCAGCACAUGUUGCCAACAACAGUCAGAUGGCUCAGCAUCUGGCACUUCGUGUCGGCGAUCAGAUGCUGGAGGCCUUUGUCGGCGAGAAUCUGCCUACCAUGUGGAGGGUGGCUCGCAGGCUGCAGGCCCCUUCCUGCAUGGUGCAUAUUGGCGAUGUUGUGCAUGUGCCAGAGCUGGACCAAGUUGGUGGCAUCGAAGCCUUCCUGGAAGCGGUUCUGAUGAACGGCUCUUCUCUGCUGGCUUCCAACGACUUUUCGUGGACGGACUCCAUGCGAGCUGUUGCCAAUGCCAAGUAA